AUGCAAGGAGCGGACGAGCCGAUUCGAACGCCAAAAACUCUCUUCACGUUCAAUUCACGAGAGGAUAUGCAGCAGUACGCUACUGGAUGUGAUGCAGACAUUGGUGGCACCUCCACCGUGCACCUCGACUUGGAUGAAACGUCUGUGCUACCAGCUUCGAUGAGUCCGACGGGUAAAGAGAUACACCGGCCUACUGCAAAGUUCUGGGGAGAUAUGAGGCUCGCCGUACGCAAGGGGUACGAAGACCAGAUUUGGGGAGGCUAUGCUGCAUUCCGGAGUAAGCCACGUACGACGUUGUUUGGGGAAAUCACCGACGAUGUUUCGAUGCAUCGGCUGCUCGCGCUUCGCCUCCGAGCAGGUGGCCACCCCCGCACCCGGAAUUCAUAUUAUGUGAAUAUCCAAACAGACGGGCCUAUCGAAACCGAUCUCUGGCAACAUCGUUUGUUCUUUCGUCGGGAUGACGGAGGCUGGGAAGACAUCUUUAUUCCGUUCGAAGACUUCGUGCUGACAAACGCCGGAGAGGUAUCUCCAGUACAAUUGGAAAUGUAUCGAGAACGCAUUCGCACGAUUGGCAUUUCGAUACUCGGUGCAAAAAAUGGCGUGGAGGGGCCAUACGAACUGGGCAUUGAUUCAAUUCGCGCGGUAAAUGACGAAGACAUGACUGUGGAUGCGGCACCGCGCAAGGAACUCUCAGAGGGAACGCAGUGGGAACGGCAUGCUGUCUGA